AUUUUUCACAUUAUUUUUUCAUAUAGUUUUAUUUUACAUGCUGUGGUAAAUUACCCUACAAUGAUAAUAAAUAAAAAUAUAUAAUGAAUGAACGAUGGGUCUGAAGAGUUCCAGGAAGGGAAGAGAAGGAGUUGAGAAAAGCAGAGGGACAAAUGGGAAGCGCAGCUCAGGGAAGAGUGAGCAGAGUAGUACGAAGAAAGAAGCAGACGAAUAUGUCUUCUGGACAACUGUAUGGUUUAAUUUUCCUUUGAUGUAUUAUCAUUUUUUGGCUGGCAUUAUUUACUCUACUAUUUUAUCGGAAAGUCAAUGUCUUGAAGUGAAUAAAUCAGAAGGAGUCAAGGGUGGUUUAGUUUAAUUGCUUUUUUGCUUUUACAGGAAGUAGGACAUAUUAGUCUUCGCUGGAAUUGGUAAGUAUCAACAAUAGCCCUAUUCUGAGAUGGGGUAGCUGGAGUACUUUGCUCGUUUUGGGUGUGAUUUUGGUUACUUAAGUGGGGGCAAUUUGUAUUACAUGUUUAUUGACCAGUUGUAAUCCAUUGACCACUCAUGAACACCAACCAGGCUCUAGGCCCAGCAGAGAAGUAUACCGCUUCAGACGACAACCAAAAUGUAUGAAGAAAUUUGGGGGAAUAGAACUGAAUUAUGUUAAAAGGAGCACAAUGACAUUCUUAUUUGGUCUGUCGCAAAAUUCACUCAUGAAUAUAGAUGCCAUAAGCAUUGUAAGGGACUUCCUAACUAAUAUAAACUAGCAGACCAGGUAGCAGCAGGAUUCAAAAACAUUCCAAUUAUUGCAGCCCUAUUCCCAAACAAAAAUGUGAAUCGAAUUUACUUUGUACAGUAUAAUGUGCUAAGGCUGACUAACAUUACCAUGGAUGCGGUUGAAGGCCUUAGGGAUUGAUUAGGUCCUACUAAUGGCAGUGCAAAAUAGGAUGGUAUUGGAUACGGUUUUGGCAGAAAAAGGGGAGGGGUCUGCGGAUGUGUAGGCUGCGCUAGGGAGGUUCAGAAGUUGAGAGACAGUUGUCUUUAUAAGACGAAUGAUUCAGUAAGACAGUAUGUUGAGAGAAGAUGGCUUAGCAUACAAGAGGUAAUGGUAAAAACAGUUUUGAAGUGUCCUUUUCUUCAGUGGUUUAAUGUUAGACUCUUAAGUUUGUCUAGGUCUAGUGUCAGGGUUUGUACAUUAGUUUGUUAGUGUUAAUUAAAUUUGUAUUGUUUUGUUUUAUUAUGUAGGUUUUAAUAUUUUUCACUAUGUUUGGUGUAGAGCAUUUGCUCCACAUGGAUUCAGCGUAUCUGUAACAACAAACAAUGGCAUUGAAGCCAUGAACAACUCACUGAAGAGCUUUUAUUUGAAGCUUUCAAAUACCGGAACAGUUUCCUCAUUGGCUGAAACAGUUGUAUGUGAUUUUGUUCCAGAACAUCUCCUGUCUUAUGCAAAACUCAACUAUUCCUAUACCAGUGAUUACAAAGCAUACAGCAGUUAUGUCCCUGAUUUUUUGAGGAACCGUCCCAAAGAUUUUGUCAAACACUGUCUUAAAGCUAUUGAAGCAGCUUCUUGGUAUGGAAAAGAACAAAUUCGUAACCUUGGGAAAGGAUGCUUUCAGAUUAAGAGUGAGCAGUCAGCUCAGUGGUAUUGUGUGGAUCUGGGAGAUGACCAGAGAUUUCCAUCUUGUGAGUGUCCCUCCUUCCAGUUAACAUUUCUGCCCUGCAAACAUCUGUUUGCCAUUUUUAAUAAUUCAGAAUAUACAUGGACCAUGUUGAGUUCCAAGUACACAAACAGUCCAUAUGUGACAUUAGAUGUGGAUGCUGUGUUAAGUGAAACCCAGAAUGGCCAAGCAGAGAAUGCAGUGGAUGAAGACACAGAUUGUAUCUCUUUAUUUUCCACCAAGGAACACUCCAUUCAAAAGACAUACCCGAGGUGUACUGAAAAUAAUCCAAGCAAUGCCUGUGUUAACAGUGCUCAGCAAUUCCUGCGAGAAAAGCUGAAGAUUCUUCAGGAUGUUUCAUACCUCUGCAGAGAUACAAAAGCAUUGAGUGACGCUGCUGCAGUUGUACAUAGUUUGGCAGACAACUUGAAAAGUUAUAUCCCAAAAGAAAACAGCCUACCACUCAUCAGCACAACACAAGAGACUGCAAAGCAAAAACUACGCAAAUUACCAAAACAGCGCAAAAAGAUACAGAGUCAAGCUAGAAAAACAAGAUUUGGAAACAACUACAGAUGUGGAAAAAGUGCUGAUCAGCCAGCUGCAGAGAUAGACUGCAUUGUAAUCCAUGAAACAAGUAGGAUAUAUACAUAUACACACACUAUAUUGACAAAAGUAUCUGGUUGCCUGCAUUGUGUUUGGUGAUGUUAGGCAUGGAUGGAGCUAUUCUGCCAAGGAAACCCACUCCGCAAAGCUCUUUAUACACUGUUCGAAAUCGUUUCUACUUUUUUAUAUCACUGAAAGUUGUGUGUGUGUUUGAGUCAUAAAUAUAUAAUUACAAUAAAUGUGUAAAUACUGUUUGUUUCUAGGAAAAAGUGCUGUUCAGCCAGGUGAAAAGAUUGAGAAAGCUUGCACGGUAACCCUUGAAACAGUACCAUACAGCACCCCGUGUCCCAGCAGAUGGAAGAACAGCACCCCGUGUCCCAGCAGAUGGAAGUACAGCACCCCGUGUCCCAGCAGA